AUGAGGUCCUGGUGGCUCGGCAUGUGGAGUAUUAUGACAGCAAUAUUCAGUAUGAUACUGGAUGUCGCGAAAUUCUGGGAACAAAAUCCACAGAAAUUCCUAUCAUGGUGGCACUCCAAAUCCCCACGAGCACAACUAUUCCAUACAUUGGAAACAGCACAUAGUUAUCAAGAAUGGGAAGGAGCCGCCUUUGAACUGGAUGAGAUCCUGAAUAAAGACCUUUGGCGGCAGAAUAAUAUCAGUCGACACUAUGACCAUCGACUUAUCCUAGGUCGACUGGAAGCGUUGAUGCUCGCGAGGGAAAGCGAGAAUGUCCUGACAUUGGUUAGCCUCCUUCGUUCGGGGCUGGUGCGCAAUCUAGGCAAUAUUACAUCGACAAAGCUGUUCACACAUGCUUAUGCUGGAACGAAACUUUUGAUCGACGAUUAUAUUACCCAGGUUGCAUUGUCGAUUCAGUAUGUCACUUCGCUUCAACCCGUUCCUGGACACACAAAUGGUUUCACGUCCCAAGCGAAGCUGGAGCUGCUACAUGAUACCCGGCAGGCCUUUGGGCGGACAACUUUGCUAUUACAGGGCGGGUCGGCGUUUGGAUUGUGCCAUUUAGGUGUUGUCAAAGCGCUGCAUUUGCAAGGGUUGUUACCUCGAAUUAUCACUGGUACCGCGACGGGGGCUAUGGUUGCUGCUCUUGUGGGUAUUCAUCCGGAGAAUGAGUUGCUAGCACUACUGGAUGGUGAUACGAUCGAUUUUUCGGCUUUUGAUCAGCGGGGGAAAAGUCAAUCCAAUGGAACAUCUGGUAGUAAUGGUAAGGGGGAUGGGUGGUUACGGACAUUUGUUCGGCGGAUGAUGCGAUUCAUUCGCACAGGACAUUUAUUUGAUAUGGAAUUAUUGGAGGAGUGUGUACGAUCUAAUGUUGGAGAUUUGACCUUUGAAGAGGCUUAUGCUCGAUCUAAGCGCAUUUUGAACAUCACGAUAGCCACGGCAGGCAAAACUGGUACACCCAAUUUGCUUAAUUACCUCACAGCACCUAAUGUGUUGAUCUGGUCCGCGGCUGCAGCCUCUAAUGCUUCAUCUUUCUCCUCGCGUUCUGCCCCUGUCACCAUCUACUGCAAAGAUGAAACCGGAUCUAUUGUGCCCUGGCCACAUGCACAAGAUGCAAUUUUCCAACCAUGGAGGCACAUUCACUAUAACGAGGGCGAAUCACCUCUCGCUCGAAUUGCAGAGCUCUUCAACGUAAACCAUUUCAUCGUCUCCCAAGCAAGGCCAUAUCUAAUCCCUUUCCUUCGUUCCGAACUCAAUCUCCUCGAUCGUCGCCAAACUGGCUGGAAUAAUCUUUCCCGAUCUCUUAUGCGCCUUGUGCUAGUUGAGCUCCGCCAUCGUCUCCGCCAACUAGAUUAUCUUGGUCUUCUCCCUGGUGCUGUUAGCCGCCUCCUCAUUGACGAACUCAUUCCCGGUCCAAAUUUGACUCUGGUUCCUGAUUUGGCCUUUUCGGAUCUUGGGAGGCUUUUUCAGCAUCCUACGAGGGAACAGGUUGCUGAGUGGACGCUGAAGGGGGAAAGAGGUGUUUGGCCUGCUGUUAGUGCUUUGAAGGUUCGGGAGGCUAUUGAAAUUGAGCUGGAUCGGGGAUAUCAGAUUGUAAGGAGGAGGAGACCGAGUGAUGUUUCCCUUCCUGCUCCGGUGGUGCAGCAUCAUUCGCCUAAUGAGGGUGUUCCUCGUCGAAGACGGAUAGAUGGGGAGAAGGAGAAGGAGAAAGGGGAUGAUGAUGAGUUUCUUAUUGAGGGGGGGGGGGGGGGGGGAAUUUUAUAG